UCGCAGCCGGAGUGACGUGUGGCCGCCGGCACCCGGAGCUCCUGGGCACACGGCAUUGGCAGGGACCACUUCGGCAGAGUGAUGACUGAUGAUGAGAUCGAGAGCGUCCUCUCCGACUCCCAUGAAGGGUCGGAGCAGGAGCUGCCUGUUAUCCAGCUUUGCGGGCUGGUGGAGGAGCUCAGCUACGUAAACUCUGCUCUCAGAACUGAGACUGAGAUGUUUGAGAAAUAUUACGCUAAACUGGAGCCCAGGGAUCAGCGACCUUCACGAUUAUCGGAAAUUAAAAUGUCAGCAGCAGAUUAUGCACAGUUUCGAGGCAGGCGUAGAUCCAAAUCCCGAACAGGUGUGGACCGUGGGGUGGGCCUGACUGUCGACCAAAAACUUGAGCUGGUACAAAAGGAGCUUGAAGACACGAAGGAUGACUUAUGGCACAUGAGGGCAAAUGCGGAACGCGACAUGCAGCAUCACGAGGCGAUCAUUGAGGAGGCUGAAAUUCGAUGGAAUGAAGUUGCGAGAGCAGUGCAUGAGUUUGAAAAAGAUAUUCUAAAAGCCAUAUCCAAGAAGAAAGGGAGUAUUUUGGCCACUCAGAAAGUGAUGAAAUACAUAGAGGACACGAACCGCCGGAGGGAUAAUAUGAAGGAGAAAUUGCGUUUGAAAAAUGUUUCUCUCAAAGUUCAGAGGAAAAAACUGCUUUCACAAUUGAGGCAGAAAGAAGAGGUGGGUGAGGCCCUUCAUGAUGUUGAUUUUCAGCAGUUGAAGAUAGAGAACGCUCAAUUUCUCGAAACAAUUGAAGCAAGGAAUCAAGAACUGACCCAGCUAAAGCUCUCAUCUGGAAAUACUCUGCAGGUCCUCAAUGCCUACAAAAGCAAGCUUCACAAGGCAAUGGAAAUAUACAUCAAUCUGGACAAGGAGAUCUUGCUGAGAAAAGAGCUACUUGACAAAAUUGAAAAAGAAACACUACAAGUAGAGGAGGACCGGGCCAAAGCCGAGGCAGUGAACAAGCGGCUCCGGAAGCAGCUGGCUGAGUUCCGGGCACCACAGGUGAUGACUUACGUCCGGGAGAAGAUCUUAAAUGGGGACUUGGAGAAGAGCAUCAAGAUGUGGGAAAGGAAAGUGGAGAUAGCAGAGUUUCUAGGACGUUUGUUCAAAGAAUGAAUGAAGACAUGCAUUCAACUGCUGUGGACCAGGGGAAGCUACUAGUGGAGUCAGGGGCGCUGCAGCUGUGCACACAGGCAUGCAGUGUGGGAGCAUCGCUGGUGCAUCGCCUGACUUCUGAGGAUGCUUAACUUUUCGAACCACAGCAAACUUCAUUAUAGAACCUAUUUUCCAGAGCACGUAUACAAGAUAGUACUGUGUUGAGGAAGAAAUGAGGUGCACCUAGGAUCAUCAAAAUCUUCACUCCACCCCCAACCUCCUAUCCCCACUUUUUUGCCACUGACAGAUGAGCCCAUUGGAAAUAAGCCAGUAAGUCUUCCUGGGACCUCCUUCAGCUCCUUCUCCAGGGAAAAGGCAGAAUGCAAAUACAGUUUUCGAUCUUGUGUGAAUUUGGAGAAUGUGCAAUGUAGAGAGGCCCCGUGUGCAUUUCAUGGCAGAUCCAGAAAAUAAGGUUUAAUGAUGAGAAAAGAAGGAAAUGAUUGUCAAAAUAUGACUUCAUAAGGUACAGCCCCAGGGGACCUACUUUGGCAGUAAAGAUAAUUAAGCUUAGAUUUUUAAAGGUCAAUUUUAACCAGCUUGUGAGGCAAAUGGUAACCGUAACAUCAUCAUAACCCUCCGUAUCUAUGGCAACUGAAUUUCUCAGCCGUAAUUAAACAUAAAACUACAACUACUGCAUUGGUCCCAGCACCAGCUGCAAAUACGUAUAUGAGAACAAAGUAGGCAAACUUGAGAUAUCCUUUUGGAAUAUUCUGGCCAUUUACUGGGAAAACAAGCAACAGAAGCUGCUGUUAAACCUGCUGCUAAUGACGCCAGGUUGCCGGUCCACCAACCUGCCUCUGGGACCUUGUGUGAGAGGAAGACUGAUCCCAAAUCAAUUGCUUUUCAUUCAUAUAUUGGUUAUAAGCUGUAGAGCAAAGGUAGCAAAAGAAAAAAAAGGUGAUUAUUUGGAUAUUUGAAUUAUCUUUUUAAAAGUAUAUUU